AACACGUCGUUAAUCAAACUCAUUCGCAAAGUAACAUUAGACACAUAAAGACGAGGCGUUACCACCAUGCUCAACAUAUUCGAUAUUCCCCCGCCUGAUCCUCAGCAGUUGCCGCUGACGAAUUCACCGUGGCCCAUAUUUCUGAUACUCACCAGCUAUAUAUUGUUUGUGCUUAAGUAUGGCAAAAGAUUCAUGGCAAAUCGCAAAGCCUACAAUCUAAAAAAGGUAUUAUAUGUGUACAAUCUUGGCCAGGUGGCCUAUAAUGGAAUAUUUUUUGGCGUGGUUUUCUAUUACCUCGUCAUCGUGGGCAUUUGCAAUUUUCGCUGCAUGGAGAAUUUCCCCUUUGGACACAAGCAUAAAAAUCUAGAACGUUAUGUGCACUUUGCAUAUUUCAUCAACAAAAUUCUUGACCUACUGGACACCGUAUUCUUUGUGCUGCGCAAAAAGUACAGACAGAUAAGUUUUCUACACGUGUAUCAUCACAUUAUGAUGGUGCUCGGUUGCUAUAUGGUAAUGCGAUUCUAUGGCACAGGCGGACAUUUUAAUGUGCUCGGUAUGGUCAACUCCUUUGUGCAUACUGUGAUGUACUUUUACUACUUUCUAUCCGCCUUAUAUCCUGGCAUCAAUGCCAGCAUCUGGUGGAAGAAGUAUAUAACCAUCACACAGCUGUUGCAGUUCGUUUUGGUCUUCAGCUAUGCUUCGUACGUUUUCAUCUUCUCGAAAGGAUGUGGCUUUCCCAAGCCUCUGCUCUUGCUGCAGAUCGUUCAGGCCAUAGUCAUGAUAUACAUGUUUGGAAAUUUCUAUAUAAAGACCUACAUAAGACCACAACAAAAGGCGAAAGUGAAGUAGGGCAGGCAUUUAAAUUGAGUUGCUUUAAUUAUGCAAAUAAAUGUUAUUUCACGUGUCU